AUGGACGAGCAUCUAGUCCUUUCUCUGUUGGGGGAUUGUUCGGACGAGUUCGGUAGUUUUCGGCCACUGCUAGCAAUUGUAAACACACCCGAAGACUUUGAUAAUUAUAAACAAUGGAUGGACUUGCGCAGUGAAAUUGCUGAUAAGGAGAGUGAAGUACGAGCUAUUACCGGUGAUAUAAGAACGCUGCAAUUGAAAAGUAGAUUGAAAGAACACCAAAUAAAAGCUACUAAAGAACAAAUCAGCGAAUGCAACCAGAAAAAUGAUUUGUUGAAUAUGAAAAUCCGACAAGAAACUGACAAACUGAAAAAUCUGAAGAACGAUAUCGCCACCUGCGAAAUUCUUAUAAACAAGGCGGUCGAUUUGAAGGAAGAAGAAUCUUCAACUGAUAAGAUAUCAUCCGUCACUUCUGAGCUUGAAAACUUGUAUCGUACCCGUCAAAUGGACCAAUCAAUGCAAAUAUCAUUUGAAAACGACCUCCUAUGGAAUAAGGUUGACGAACUUGCGAUAACAGUAGCACCCAAUGAAAUAAUCAAUCAUAUUAGUGCUUCUUUGGUAUCAGUCAGUGAGAAAUUGAACGAAGAAAUGAAUAAAUUCACAAAUCUGAAGGCAAGCGUAUUACAUGCUGGUACCAACGACUUAUCAGGUUUACAACAGUCGCUCAUUGACACUUUCUCUGAAUUCCAUGAUCUGGAGAAAGAUUCUGAACUUCUCAAAAUAAAUAUCGAUAUGCUGAAACGCCAAGUUACUGAUAACAUUAUAAAGAAAUUCUCGCUGACUCCAGAUGCUCAUGACUCCAUAAUGAUGUAUGUGGAUCAUAAAUGCGCCCUGGCCUACCAUGAACAAAGAGGGAAGAGUUAUUUGAAAGUCAUCUCUGAUAUGCAGAACUCGGAAAAAGUUGUAUGCUUGCAAAACUUGAUUAAGAUGCUUUUCACACGUGUUGAGCAGAUGAACGCGACUAUUAAAGAGAAAUCGGAACUCUUGCCAGAAUCCAUCAACCUGCUACUGAACAAGGAAGGUCAACUUAAGAUUGAAGAAGUGAGGGCAGAAAUUUUGCAAAUAAUUACUGAAUUUUCAUCAACUGAAAAUGUGGAAGACUUCAGUCUCUUGAAUCUGAAAGGAACACUGAAAGAUGAGGUGUCACUGUUCUUUAAGGUACCGCUUCAAAAGAACAGAUUAGGCGACAAUCCUCCACUGCCUGCCACAUUACAACACUUUCCGCUGAAUCGCCAAAAACAUUUGCUGCCAAUGCAAAUUUUCUUGCAACGUCUGCAAAUUUCUGAAACUGAAAAAUUGAUGGAAACUUUGAGUGAGACUCAGUUGGCCAAUAGGAUGGCGGAUCAUAAAAGUGAUAAGAAAAUGUCUCAAGCAGUGAUGAAAGAGAUGAGAGAAAAAAGCGAAGCUGAACUGAAGAAUAAAAUUAUGUUAACCAUGAAUGUGAUACAAGCGGCUGAAAGGGAUGUGUUGAAAGCAAAGAAAUGUGCUGAGUUACUAGACGAGGACAAAACAUUGAACAAACUACUUCUAAGAAGAGAUCCCUCAUUGGUCGAGGACUUUAUCAAAUAUGAAGAAAUCAUGCGAAAAUCGUUGGCUGAACUGAAUAACUUAAUGACAAAUAAUAACUAGGCCUAAUUAUAUCCGAGAAAUGUUAAUUUCUUAGGACGUGAAUAGAAAUAGAAUGGAUUUGUCAGUCAUCAAUUAUUAUUGUAUAGAUUAUUCCAAUCAUUAAUAUGUAUAUUCAGAUUAAAUAAUAACUUAUGAAAUUAGUAAUUUAGUAGAGUAUGCUAAUUAGUAUUUUUGAUUAAAUUUAUGGUUGAAAGCUUUUGUAUCAAAUGUUGUCAAUGGUUUUGUUUAUAUUGUACGUUGUUCAUAAUAUAUAUAACUUUCAAAAUUGAA